UAGUUGCAGAGUUUCUCCUAUGCUACUCCGAAGUUCAUCUGAAGCAUCAGUCGAUCGUCAUCCGUCCAACCCAGCGGCUGAGGGCUUCAUAAAAGUGGACACUGAGGAGGGCCUUGGCAACGAGGAGAUGUCAACUGAGCGUGGGCAAGGGACCGCGGCGGCUGUUGAAGCAGUGACUACUUUAGCGGUGAAUUAUGGUGAAAAUCCGAUGACACUGAGUUUACUGCUGUCUUCGGGAGCGGGGAGUGUAUUCGUGGCGGCAGUCGUGAAUCUACUGCAUGUUUUAUAUUAUCAUCCGCUGAUUUUGUUGAGUAUUUUGGAAGCGUUUUUCCUGCUAAUGUUUUCUGUUAUGAUGGUGGCUAUCGAUUUACCAACGAGGACUCGGGUGGCAGUAGAGUUGAGAGAGUUUGCGGAAGGAUUUUUGAAGAUAUUGAUGAGAAUAACGGGAAAGGGGGUAUGGUAUGUGUAUUUGGGAUCAGCAGUCUUCUCAAGUAUGAGGGCUAAUAAAUGCUGGAGUGCUGGUGCGUGGUUGUUGGGUGGUUAUACAUUCCUAGUUGGGAUGAUCACCGGUGCUCUCGGAUUUUCGAAAUCUCGGAAAUUAAAUAGAAUUCGGCGUGAAAUUGGUCUCCAGUUUGAUAACGAUGCGGAGCGAAUUUAUGAGGCUUUUGCAGUGGACGAUCCCUCGAGAGGAAUGACUAGAGAGGAAUUUGCUGCUAUGACAUCUCAACUUACGAGUAUAACGCUUCGUGAUGACGAAGUUAAAUACAUAUAUUCGGCUCUGUGUACUGGUGUAGGGUAUAGGAAUUCUAAGGGGGAGUUGACGGCCUCUGAACUGAGGAAAUGGAUGAACACUAGGUUCACCUUGCUGUGAUCACGGGCACAGAGUUUUGAGAGGAAGUUCGACCGUUUGUAUUUUACCA